AUGUCUACUCCCUCAGACAACUCGUCUGAGCACUCUCAGACUAGUGCUCAAAACUACCUUUCUGACGAAGAGGCCCCCAUUUCCUCCUACCCCGUGGCCGACCACCAUGGUCCCAAAAACCUCCGGGCGACCCUCUACCUGGCCUUCCAGUCCCUGGGAGCCGUAUAUGGAGACAUUGGAACCUCGCCUCUGUAUACGCUAAACUCGGUUUUUGCCACCACGCCAUCGGAGGAAGACAUCAUGGGCGCCUGCUCGUGCAUUUUCUGGGGCCUGACUCUGGUAGUGCUCAUCAAGUACUGCAUCAUUGUGUUCAUUUUCGGCCCCAAUGGCGGUGAGGGAGGAAUUGUCGCCAUCUACGCCAAACUGGCUCGAGAACUCAACAUUGCGCCGGUCGGAGUCGACUUUGACCAGGACUCGCUCGACAUGCUGAGCAAAUCGGAAACCCAGGCGUCCUGGAUGAACAACCGGCACAACAGAGACAACUACGGGUGGUUCAAAAAGACCGCGUGGAACCUCUUCAAGUACCUGCCCAUCAUUUGCUGUCUCUGUGGCUCGGCGUUUCUCAUGUCAGACGGAAUGCUAACGCCGGUCCAGUCGGUUCUGUCUGCCAUUGAGGGUCUUGAACAGCCCGUGCCCUACAUGAAGCACUACGUGGUGCUGAUUUCGUGUUUCAUUCUGGCGAUUCUGUUUCUGGGACAGCGGGUGGGAAGUGCCAAGUUGGCCAUGGUAUUCUCCCCCAUCGUCUUCAUCUGGUUCGCCAUGCUGUUUGUCAUUGGAAUCAUCAACAUUUGCAAAAAGCCCAAGAUCCUCACCGCCACCAACCCCAAGUACGCCUUUGACUACCUGCUACGAGGAGGUAUCGACAAUAUGGGCAACGUGAUUCUGGCGCUGACAGGAGCGGAGGCCAUGUUUGCCGACGUGGGCCACUUCUCCCCCAACGCCAUUCGUAUCGCCGUCAUCACCUGUGUGUAUCCACCCUUGUUCAUGGCGUACUUUGGUCAGGGCGCGGCUCUUCUCGUCGACCCCUCCAUCAUGCCCAACGUCUUCUACCUGUCCAUUCCUGGCGGAAUCGGAGGAGGUCUGUACUGGUUCAUGUUUGUUCUGGCGAUUCUGUCCACUAUCAUUGCCUCUCAAGCCAUUAUUCUCGGAGUCUUUUCAGUCUCCAGACAGCUCAUGGCCCUGGAAUGUAUGCCCCAGUUCCCCGUGUGCCACAUGAGCGCCAAAAUCGAAGGAAAAGUGUACAUUCCCAUGCUCAACUACAUCUUCAUGGUGGCCUGCAUUCUGUGCGCUAUUGGUUUCCAGAACUCCAACAACACGUCGUCGGCCUACGGUCUGUGCGUGGCCCUGGACUUCUUCAUCACCACAGUCAUGAUCGCCUUCAGCAUGUACUUUUGCCACAAGCUGCACUGGUUCUGGUCUGUGUUCAUGGUGGCGUCGUUUGGACUCAUGGACAUGUGUUUUGUCGCCGCAGAGGUCAAAAAGGUGCCGUCUGGCGCCUGGUUCCCGCUCAUGAUGUCCGCCGUGUUUAUCUCCAUCAUGCUGCUGUGGAAGUACGGCAACCAGAUGCGAAUCCAGUACGAGUUUGACCACCGUGUCAACAUCAAAAAGCUCUUCACCUCUCCGACCUGCCCCAACCUCCAGACCUUUUCUGUGGCCCACCCAGGCCAACCGCGGGUGUUUGAAGGCCAACACGUGGAGUCCGAGAUUGUCGAGCACGAUCUCAGCGACAAGUCCAUGGAAAUUGAGCCCAUCGAUGAAAAGAACGGCCUCAAAUACCGAGGAGGGCACGUUACCGAUUACCCAGCCGACAAGGUCAACUUCCAUGUGUCAGAUUCGGACUCGGCCCACUCGCCGCUGCUGGACAUCAACGGAUCGUCGGUGUCGACCAGACGAUACCCCGGUCUUGUCAUCUUCUAUUCCAACCUCAAGUUUACCCUACGAUCGCCCAACACGGUCCCGGCCAUGCUCAAGACGUUCAUCGACUCGUUCCCCACCCUGGCCGACCACGUGGUGCUGCUGGCCGUCCACAUUGCCACCGUUCCCCGAGUCCCACGAGAAGACCGAAUCUCUAUCGUCCCGGUGCCCUCGGUCCCCGGUUUGUUUCGAGCUGUCGUCACCUUUGGUUUCAUGGAGUCCGCCAAAAUGACCCAGGAACUGGAAGACGACGUGGCACUCAAGGUUGGAUACAAGAGCAGCGGCUCCACCAGCAACACCCCAACCGGCGAAGAAGACCACCUGGCGCCUCGAAAAGUAGUCCACGUGUUCAACAAACAGUUCUGCUACGGAUACGCCUACGACAAGGACAACUACAUGCACACCAACGCCUUCUGUCGCUUCUUCAUUUUCUGCACAAUCUGGUUCCGAAAGCAGUUGAUCGACUGGAUCUACGGACCGUUUGAAUACUUCUUCAAUGCCUCCGACAAGCUGGUAAAGAUUCUCGUCACAGACCCCACCAGUACCCCCAUCAGUGUCACCACUGCGGCCUACAUUUAA